AUGAAUGAGAGAGUUGGGCCCUAUGUUCCACCUAGUAAUAGAGAAUUUGGUAAUAGAGAAGGUGGUACUAGCAUGACUCGCAUUAAAGAUAUGAUGCAGAAGACGAUGAAGAGGUUUGAUGCAACUAAUGAAAAUGUGAAAGAGAUGCGUAAUGAUUUGUCUGGGAUUGGUCAGAAAGUUGAUGCCCAUGCAGUGUCGAUCAAGCAACUUGAGCAGCAGUUUUUCACUGCUUGCGAAGGAAAACAAAUUAUUGAUCCCCCGCCAUCUGAGGUUGAAAGAGUGGUAGAAAAGGAUGAGGAUGAGAUUAAGGUUAGUGAAGAUCCAAAAAUUGACACAGAGAAGGAAGCGGAGGUGACCCAAAAAGUUGUUCCCAUGUCUAGACCUCCACCUCCAUUCCCACAUAGAUUAGUGAAAAAGACUGAAGAGGGAAAAUAUUGCAGAUUCAUAUCUAUGUUGAAGCAACUGUCCGUAAAUGUCCCAUUGAUAGAAGGUUUGGAGCAAAUGCCAGGGUCUGUUAAAUUCAUGAAAGACUUGGUGACCAAAAAAAGGGUUGUUAGUUUUGAGAAUGAUGAGAGGGUGCAACAUUGUAGUGUUAUUGCUACUAGGUCACUUGUGCAAAAGAAAGAGGAUCUUGGAGCUUUCACUAUUCCUUGUACCAUUGGGAUUCUACACUUUGCAAAAGCUUUGUGUGAUUUGGGUGCCAACAUUAAUUUGAUGUCAUUGUCCAUUUAUAAGAAGUUGGGUUUAGGGGCUCCAAAGCCGACUGUGAUGCUUUUACUUAUGGCCGAUAGAACUGUGAAGAGGCCCAUUGGAGUGAUCCAAGAUGUCCUUGUGAAAGAACUCAAGGCUCUACCAUUUCACUUAAGGUAUGCAUUCUUGGGGAAAGAUAGCACGUUGCAUGUGAUCAUUGUUGCUGACUUGAGUGAAGGGAAAAUAGAGGCCUUGGUAUCGGUACUGAAGCGGUUUAAGAGGGAUAUUGGAUGGACUAUUACAUACAUUAUUGGGAUUCCUCCUGGCAUUUGUUCUCACAAAAUUCAACUCAUGUCGGAUAGCAAGCCAAGUAUUGAGCACCAAAGGAGACUUAAUCCCCAUAUGCAAGAGUAUGUUUCAAAGAAAGAAGGGAUCACUGUGGUUCCUAAUGCUAAAAAUGAAUUUGUUCCUAUGAGGCCAGUGACUGGGUGGAGAGUGUGUAUGGACUACCGCAAUCUAAAUGCAUGGACGGAGAAAGAUCACUUUCCAAUGCCUUUUAUGGAUCAGAUGCUGGAUCAUCUCACAGCUUCAUCCACAUUUUUGAAGUUUGAUUCACAUUUGCGAUAUUUCAACUUUUCUGUCAAUCUUCACAAUUGUGAGGUUCAAGGAUUUGCUAUUGCGAGCCACAAUCUCAAUUGCAACAUUGGAGAGUUGUCUUUUCGCUAA